GGAAUAUGUAGUUGACACAAACACUACAGAUCACAAUCCCAGAAGGCAUUAAAAAAAAAAAAGCCACUCACCCCCCAGAACCCUAUACAUAAAAGGAUGAAAACAAGGUCUUAACCAGAAAAACGUUUUAUAACUGAAAAGAAAUCCUUUGGUUUUGACCUUAGCUCAACUCCAGCGCUCCCGCGAUAAACUUUAUCAUCACUUCCAGAUAAAAUCUGAGCUGCAAAGGCAGGCGGGGGCUCGGGGGCGUUAUCACCGCGCUUCGAGAGCCGGGAUCCCGCUAUUGCUUUCGUUUGUGUAAUCUCGGCUCUGACACCGAACAAAAAAUCGCUUUCUCUCUUGCGAGGAGCUCACCGCGCCUUUCGGGUUGAAACGCGGAUUUGAGGAACCGGGGGUGGCUUUUGAAAGGCUGCUGGUUUGCUCUGGCUUUUAAAGCGUCUUUAUUACAAGAAGGGCGAGGCGAAGAUGUAUUAGGACUCGGGCUAAUUUGCUUUUGUAAUUGCUCAUCAUGUCCUUGAUUUCUUGCUUGGAGGACGGGCCCCCUUUUCCACCGGUGCGUGGGAAAAGAGUCAAUCUGAGAGCGCGGCCAAAUGUGAUUUAGGAGACCGGGUACCCCGAAUUAGCUGAUGAAUUUCUUAUCGAUCCCCAACGAGCCCUAUUCAUCUCUGCCAGGCUCGGGGCGCGAUGUCCCUUCCCGUAUCACCUUAGCAGGGAAUGAGACGCAGCCGCCACCCGGAGGCACCGCCAUGGAUCACGCGGCCCCAAACACCCGGAAAACGCAUUUUUAGCCUCUUUUUUGAUUAUCCUUUCCGAUUUUUGUUGCCUAUUUAGGGGGAUUUUUGGUUUUUUCCCACCCUCUCCUCCGUCUCCCCCCCCUCCUCCGGACACACCCCCGAGGGGGGAGGGCCGGGGGGGGCCGGUUCUCGCCCGCGGGGCGCUGCGCAGCCCGGGGCCGGCGGGGCCCGGCGGGGCCGGGGCCGGGGCGGCCGUAGGGGAGCGGGAGCCCCUGGCCGCCUCCCCAGGGAUGCUCGGGGCCCCGGGAGAUCCCGGGCUGGGCAGAUUUCCUUAUCCGGGGAUCGCAGGGCACCUCGCCAUUGGCCCGCGCUGUCACAUGGACUCCAACUUUGUUCACUUGACAAAAUUAAUGGCCAUGAGCUCGUUUUUGAUCAACUCCAACUAUGUGGACCCCAAGUUCCCACCCUGUGAAGAGUAUUCCCACAGCGAUUACCUUCCCAAUCACUCGCCGGAAUAUUACAGCAGCCAGAGGCGAGAGAGCACUUUCCAACAUGAAGCGAUGUACCAGCCGCGGUCAGCCUGCAAGGAGCAGCUCUACGCGUCCUGUCAGAGCUCCGGCCACCAAGCAGCGGUGUUAUCCCCCCGGGGUCAUGUCCAUCCUCCGGCCGGACUGCAGAGCCACCUCUCUGAGCCAAACCAUCCCUGCGAGCCGGUCACCCCCAGCCCACCGCCCUCCUGCAGCCAAAACUCUGUCAACCAAAGCCCUUCCAGUUCCUCUUGCAAAGAGCCGGUAGUUUACCCCUGGAUGAAAAAAGUCCAUGUAAGCACGGUAAACCCCAAUUACUCAGGAGGGGAACCGAAACGCUCCCGCACAGCCUACACCAGGCAGCAAGUCCUGGAGCUGGAGAAGGAAUUUCACUAUAACCGCUAUCUCACCCGGAGGCGCAGGGUCGAGAUCGCCCACUCCCUCUGCCUUUCCGAGCGCCAGAUCAAAAUCUGGUUCCAGAACAGGAGGAUGAAAUGGAAAAAAGAUCACAAGUUGCCCAAUACCAAGAUCAGGUCUAACUCUUCCAGCUCCUCUGCCAGCCUGCAGAUCCCACAAGGAGGAUCUCAAAACCGAUCCCAUGGACCAGCCACCAGCCUAUAACUAUUCCUUGGAUGGAUGGAGUGUGCGUGUUUGUGGGUGUGAAGUGGUGUGUGUGGAAGGAACACAUGAUGAGUUUUUUUGUUUCACUGCUCCAGGAAGCGAGGAAAGGAGGGGUGCUCUUUAUUUAUGGGGGAACAGAGGGAGGCUCAGCUGCAACAAAGCAAGGCUGUGCUGUUGUGCCUCUCUUCCAUUAAAAGGAGGCUGUAGAUAGUAGUUUUCAGAUUUGGCUAAGAUGGAUCCUUGUUUCAUCUUUAAUCACGCCAAGCUCUGCCCCAUUUGUCAUGUUUACUCUCCCGUACAAAGGAUGGACCUUAUGUCUGCUAUUACCUCGACAACCAGCGCUCACUUUAAUAAAUGAGGCUCCGUUUCUUCAAGACGAACUGGAUUUUCUCCCCUCACGGCCCCCCUCUCCCCCCUUUUAUUUUUUUUUUCCUCCUCUUUUUCUUUUCUCGUCUACCAGUCACAAACGGAAAGUUUCUGUCCCAAAGACGCGGCGGUUCCAGCUCAGUCCCGCGAUAGAUGAAUAAAACCCAACAAACCCAACCCAAAUCCGCGCCGGGCACGGAGCGGGGUGGGGCUCAGACACGGCGCUGGUCGUGCGUGGGGGUAGGGGGACCCCCUGGAAAAACAAGGAAAAUUAGGUCAAGUGGGUGGUGGACAAAGAAAACAAGAGAUGGAGAGGGAUGUAGGACCCCUCCUGCCAUUUCUUUUUGAGUCCAGCAGGUUAAUUGUGAGUCUG